UAUGUUCAUUUAUCAGCUGGUGAUCUUCUUCGAGAAGAAGCAGCAAAACCUGACUCAGCUUUAGGUCACGAAAUCAAUGAACAUAUCAAGAACGGUUCUAUUGUACCUGUUGCAGUGACUUGCAAAUUACUUGAAAAUGCUAUGGAAAAAAGUGGAAAAGAAAAUUUUUUAAUUGAUGGCUUUCCACGUAAUAAAGAUAAUGUUGAAGGAUGGAAAAAAGCUAUGGAUGGAAAAGUUAAUGUUCAAUGUGUACUCUUUUUUGAUUGUGAUGAAAAGACUUGUGUUGCUCGAUGUCUCGAACGUGGUAAAGGAAGUGGACGAACUGAUGAUAAUGAAGAAAGUUUAAAGAAACGUAUUGUGACAUAUAAUGAUUCAACACGACCGGUAAUUCAACUAUAUGAAAAAGAAAAUUUAGUUAAACAUAUUGAUGCUUCACAUGAUGUUGACAAGCCUCUUUUGAAUCCGACUGGUUUACAUAGUGAUUGGGUUUUAAUAAAACGAUGGCAUAUGGAUGACUAUUUUUUACAAAAAGAUGAUAUUAUAUCAUUUGAAUCUCCUCGCGAACCAGGUAUAUAUAUGAUCAAACGUGUAAAAGCAUUAGAGAAUGAAAUGAUUUAUGAUACAAUAAAACAAAAAGAAACACAAGUGCCAAAAGGACAUGUAUGGGUUGAAGGUGACAAUAAACGUGCAAGUUAUGAUAGUCGUCAUUUUGGUUGUAUUGCUCGAGGCUUAAUAACUGGACGAGCGUUGUAUGUUAUUUGGCCACCAAAACGUUUUGGUGCUAAGUUAACACCAUUCAACGAUGAUGAUGAUGAUGAUGACUAA